AUGGCGGGCAUGUCUCGAACCAACUCGGCCAACGCCUUCAUGGAGGGCUUCUCGGUCUGCCAGGCCAACCUCGGCGAGGCCCUCACCUGGCUCCCUGCCAUGGGCACUCCCGAGCUCGACGAGAUGAUCAACGCCUUCAUCCCGGGUCCUGCAUCCAUCAAGGACAAGCGUGCCCACAUCUCCAUGGACUUCCUCAGCUACUCGCAGCGCACUGGCUUCAACUUCAAGUUCUACCCCGUCCCCUCGACUUCCUUUGCCUCCGCUAGCACUGCUUCUCCAGCAAGCUCUUCGCAGUUCGUCGACUCUGGCUACGCAUCCAGCUUCAACGUCUCCCCAAUCAUUUCCGACUCGAGCGCAUGGACCCAGUCCCCGGCCUCUUUCACUUCCCCAGCCUCCUUCGACGACGCUACCAGGAUAGUAAAGGCCCGCUCUUCGACCUCUGCCACCAAGAAGUUGACUGCUCCUAGCUCGCGACAGCAGCCCGUCGACUUUGCUAACCACCCUGGCAUGCGGAUCAUGACCAAGGAUGGCCGAGAUGUCACCAACUCUGCCUCCCGGGGAUGCAAGACCAAGGAGCAGAGGGACCAUGCCCACCUCAUGCGCAUCAUCAAGGCCUGCGAUGCGUGCAAGAAGAGGAAGGUCCGCUGCGAUCCCAGCCACAAGAAGCGGGCUGCCUCGCACACAUCUCCCGCUGCGACCGAGCCGAAGCCCACCAAGAAGCAGAAGAAGGAGACAGCAAAAGCACCGCCGCCUGCUCCAGUUGUCGAGACCACUCCCGAGUUGCUCGUCACCGAUAACUUUGAGAACUUCGACGCCGCCGCAUUCGCCGUGCCCUCUGUUGAAGGAACCGAGAACGUCGAUGACCUCUUCUGGAACCAAUACUUCAACUUCGACCAGGAUGCCUUCCCCGACUUUGCUUCUGGUACCUUCGACCAGUUCGCUCCUUCCCAGGAGCUCUUCUACCAGAGCACCAGCUCCUCAUCCGCCGCCUCUCCGUCGCAGGUAUUCACUCCGGAGACCCCGGUACACACUCGCCCUUCACCGGCAAUUGCCAUCGAACCGGUGAUUUCGACGGCCGCUCCGGCUCUGCCCUACCUAAACCCGGGCGUUCCUCAUGGCACCGAGUAUGUCGACUUCAACCUCUACUCGCCACCUGCCGACUUCUCUCUCGACGAGGAGCUCCUCGGCCUUGGCCAGCAGCAGUCCUACGCACCCUUCAACUCUGGAUACGCCGAUCAGCAAUACUUCGGCGAUGCCAGCGUCGUUGCCCACAGGACUGAGUCACGCUCCAGUCCAUCUUCGCCAUCCGUAUCCUCCGGAGUAAUAACAAGUCACCAACGACUGCCACUUGAGGUAUACGGCGGACUCCAUGGAAGCGGAGACCUACAGACCUUGAGCAACGUAUCGCCAGCUGUACAGACCCCUGGUCAACUGACUGUACGACAACAACAACAACAACGCCGUCGCCAACUCGCAUCAGGCAAUGAGAGCAGGGUAAUCCUACAGAAUUCUGAUCAACAUUUUGUAGUGAUUGGCCCAGGAACGCUACCUAUUCCAGAUUCUCCACCCACACAACGUCCUCUCUCCCCGGCGCUGAAUGUUCAAAAUGCACCUCAUGACGUAAGUCACAAAUCUGUGAUGAACGCCGGUAGCACGCACCUACAACAGUCGCCGAUUGCUUUGCAAUCUGUGAAUGCCGGUGUACUUGCCACCACCCAACACGCAUCAUCCGUUGAACAACAGUCUCGCGCCGAGACGGCUGCAAGGUCUUCAAGGUUGAGGUCACCAGUCAAAUCCAAGAGCUCUGUUGCUCAACGACAGAAGCAAGGAUUUGCUGGUCUCCCGGUAGACCUCCCGACAACAUCCCGAGAUGUCAGCAGCUGCGGCAUUUGCCAUAGCGCUGCCUCCAACUCGACCCUCCUGAGGACGACAACGAUGGCCUCGUCACCGUCGUCCACAACCACCACCAUCCUGCCAGGCCGACGAGAAAGCGGCGACGGAGAAGGAUUCGCGAAGAUUGGAGAAAAGCUUUCCAGCUACAGUACCUCCGCGUCAUCUUCCUCUCAAUCCUCCUUUUUCCCGCUAGUCGUACUUGGUCUCGUCUCUUGUCUCGUGGUAACUGCUUUGCGGUCAUACUGCAGCAACAACAAUAACAGCUGGGGCGGUCAUCUUGACCCCCUCAACACUCUGUUCAUUGCGAGCAUGUCAUUGUUCUCACUUUGGCAACGACAAUCAUCCCGAUGGUCAACCGAUCCCGACACCGACACCACAAGGUGUUCCUCAGUCCAAGGACUCUUCGGCUCCUCAAUUUCACGACAAGCGAAAACGCUUGUUGCGAGGAAUUCGGCCCUUGUCCGAAUGGUGUCGGGAUCACGAUCGAUCAUGGUCUAA